GUACACUACAGAUGGGUUGAAUUGAUACUGAUAAAACCUCGCCAUCACCCACGAAACCACACACACACUGACGCAAAAGGAAGAGAGAUUAAUCAGAGGAGGAGGACGGAGAGACGUGCACAGCUAGUUGCUCCCGGCCGUCCGUCGCAUGGUGCCGCCGCCGGCUCCGGCUCCGACGAGGUUAGAGGCUCAUGUUGCAUGAGCGGCAGCAGUACGCACCGCCGUCCGCGUCCGACGACGAAGGCGACGCCGCCGACGAUGCGCCAGGCGUCGUCAGGGACCAGCAGGACCAAGAAGAAGAAGACGAGCUCCUCCUCAUCACCGCCCCUUCCUCCUCCAGCGCGCUCGCCGUCCGCGACGUCGAGGUCCGCGACAUCCACCCUCUGACGACGCCGCCGACGCGCGCCGGGUCCGCCUACGCCGCCUCCACCGCCUGGGACACCGCCAGCAGCAGCCACCGCUCCGUCGCCUCCUCCGAGGGGCAGUUCAUGACGAUGAGCCGCGAGUUCACCGCCAUGGUCGCCGCGGGCGCCGGCGCCGGGGCCGGGGCCGGGGCCAACCAUAACAAUCCCAAUCCCAACCCGGGUGGCGCCGCCUACGACGCGCACGCCGACCCGCUGGCCAGCAUCGGGGAGGACGAGCUGGAGGAGGAGCACAACCCGCUGGCCAUCGUGCCCGACAGCGGCCGCCCCAUCGCCGCGGGCAGCAGCAGCAGGAGCAGCGGGAGGGGGGCGGCCAGGCUCGACCUGGAGGUCGUCCCUGCGGCGGCGGGCCCGCCCGUGGAGGCCAGACAGGUGAGGAAGGAGGAGGUGGAGACCAAGGUCACGGCGUGGCAGACGGCGGAGAUCGCCCAGAUCAACAACCGGUUCAAGAGGGAGGAGGUGGUCAUCAACGGCUGGGAGACGGAGCAGCUCGACAAGGCCUCUGCCUGGCUCAAGAAGAUCGAGAGGAAGCUGGACGAGCAGCGUGCCAAGGCGGUGGAGAAGACGCAGAACGACGUGGCGAAGGCGCGGCGCAAGGCGGAGGAGAGGAGGGCGUCGGCGGAGGCCAAGCGAGGCCUCAAGCUGGCCAAGGUGCUGGAGCUCGCCAACUUCAUGAAGGCCGUCGGCAGAGUGCCCACCAAGCGCUCCUUCUUCUAGCUCCCCCCCAACGACGUGACGUGUUCCUCGUGUUCUUCUUUUUGCCUUAUAGUACUUGGCUGGCUAGCUCUUGGUAAUGCUGCAUCCGAUCGAGAACCUAAUUGUAAAAAAAAGAUUUGAAAGUACUUUUGCCUUGUCUGCUGCUGCUGCUGCCGGGGAAAGAUUUGAUCAUUCACGGAGUGGCGUUUUUUGUUGGCUUGUAUAUGGAGAACUGGUAUAAAUGAUGAUAUGUUUGCUAAGAACUUGCAAGCAUUCAGAGAUGUGGGAUUCUGUGACUGCAAAAUGCUACUCACUUGUUCCUAAA